AUGGCGGGACUAGGUGGCGGCAAGAAGCAGGCACCCGUAUCCAAACACACGGACUCGGGAUCUUCAAUCAUGGAUUCCAGGGACAAUGAGGAGCUCUACGGAGACUCUGGCGACAACCAUGUCUUUAGUGAUCCCGUUGUUGCAGAAUAUUGGCGAGAGGUCUACGAGCAAAACAAAUAUGAGAACCGACAUCGAUUUGAUCCAAAUUACAAGUGGACGGCCGAAGAAGAGAAGCGCCUCGUCCGUAGACUCGAUCUCAGGAUCACGUUCUGGGCUUGGCUGAUGUUUUGUGCCCUGGACUUGAACAGGAAAAACAUCAAUCGCGCUAUUUCCGACAACAUGUUGGAAGAGUUGAACAUGACCACCAAUGACUUCAAUUAUGGACAAACGAUCUUUCUCGCUUCGUUCCUUGCAGCGGAGCUUCCGAGUGGCCUCAUUAGUAAGGCACUCGGCGCCGAUCGAUGGAUUCCUUUCAUCAUUUGCGCGUGGUCAAUUGUCAGCGCAUCUCAGGCGGCAAUGAAGUCAAAAGCGGCAUACUAUGUAACCCGCUUUUUACUAGGAGCUGCAAUGGGCGGUUUUAUCCCCGAUAUCGUUCUAUGGCUUACCUACUAUUUCAAAUCUAACGAACUGCCGAAGCGGUUAGCUUUCUUUUGGACCGCCCUUAGCACUUGUCAAAUUGCUGGAUCCUUGAUUGCAGCUGGUGUCUUGCAGAUGAGGGGCAUCAACGGCUGGUCAGGAUGGCAGUAUUUGUUCCUUAUCGAGGGUGUCAUCACCUGCUUUAUUGGUAUUCUGUCCUGGGGGCUAAUGCCUCCUGGCCCGACUCAAACGAAGCACUGGUUUCGAGGCAAGAACGGAUGGUUCACUGAGCACGAGGAAUAUAUCCUUGUCAACAGAGUCCUCCGUGACGACCCUUCCAAAGGCGACAUGAACAAUCGUCAAGCCGUUGGCGUUGGCCAUCUUUUGAAAUCCUGCUUCGAUUGGGAGCAGUGGCCGCUCUACAUUAUUGGUUUGACGGCAUACAUCCCUCCUGCUCCACCAAACACAUAUCUAUCGUACAUCCUGCGACAGCUCGGCUUUUCCGUCUUCAAAGCUAACUUGCUCACGAUUCCAUCACAAUUCCUGUUUGCCGUCCAAUUGCUCAUCCUCACUUGGGUUUCCGAGAAAGUGAAGGAGCGAGCCAUUAUCAGCAGUAUUAGCAAUAUCUGGAUUUUCCCCUGGCUGGUUGGUCUAGUAACUUUGCCUUCAAACGCCAGUCCUUGGACUAGAUACGCAUUGCUUACUGGGCUUCUAAGCUACCCAUAUUGUCACGCUAUCCUUGUGGGCUGGAACGCUAAGAACAGCAAUGCCGUUCGAACGCGGGCCGUCUCUGCUGCUCUUUACAAUAUGUUUGUCCAGUCAGGAAACAUCAUCUCAACGAACAUCUACCGCGAUGACGACAAGCCUCUCUAUCGACGUGGCAAUAAGAUAUUGCUUGCCAUUUGCUCCUUCAAUAUCGUUCUAUUUUAUCUAGUAAAGCUAUUCUACAUCUGGAGGAACAAAGUAAGAGAAAGGAGAUGGAAUGCAAUGACAAAGGAGGAGCAGCAGGAUUAUUUGUUGACGACAAAAGACGAGGGUAUGAAGCGGUUGGAUUUCAGAUUCGCACACUGA